CCCCUCCCUCACUGUGUCUAUGUGUCUCUCCCUCACUCACUUUAUUCCUCAGUCCGGGUCACAAACGCUCCAGCAUUCACGAGGUGAAGUCGGAUUUACAUUUUGAAACACCUGAAAGCCCGAGGACCACGAGCUAAAGAUGCAUCUGCCUCUGUCAGUGCUGAUAUGUCUGUCAGCUGUCCAGCUGUGCAUGGGAGAGCAGCCUGUGGAGGAAGUCAGCACAACAAGAAACGUGCGUCUGCUGGGUGGCUGGUCUGAGAGGAGUGUAGACUCCGCUGAAGUCCAGGACGCAGCGCAGCAUGCAGUGAAGAUGUUCAACACAAACUCCAAAAAUAAGCGCAUGUUCAAACUGGUCUCCAUUAACGCUGCCCACUCUCAGGUGACCAACAUGAUCGACUUUAAGAUCGAUGUAACCCUGGGGAAAACCAAGUGUCUCAAGUCUGAAAAUCAUGAUCUGAACAGCUGUGCUCUCAAUAAAAAGCAAUUGAAGUGCCGCUUCAACGUGGCGUUCAACCCACGCAAGGGCAGACAUGAGCUGCAGGGGCGCAAAUGCAACAAAAUUGCGCCGCGGGUUGAAUAAACCGUGGCUUUAUAGCUUUGCUUGACUUUUUAAACUUUUCAAAUUUUUAACUUGAUUCAGCGCCGAUUUUUGUUUAUUUUAUGCAGAAUGUUUUUGGCAGCUCAGUUUAAAUGAUGGAAGUGUUUUGAUAAAGUGCAAUUCUUAACAGCAGUCUCAAUAAAGUUUGCUUGGAAAAGGUGACAAAGGGCAGAUGUUGAUUUUUGUCCUGAUGAAUACUUCCUUCGGCAUUUUUGUGCUAUUUUAUAUCUUAUAUUAUAUUGCAAGCUUUUCUUGAUAUAUAUACAUAUAUACAUUUUAGAAACAUUUUGAGAAAAAUGUUGAGAAAAAAAAUAAAAGACAUCAAAUAAUGUGAUUAUUGUCAGUUAUUGUAGGUUUUCUUCUUUCUUUUUACUCAAAGGCCUGAAAAAAUAACAAAUGGCCACAGAAUCAUCACAUCUUUUCGAAUUUAAAUCUUAAAAGUUAAUUUAUUUUAACAAAUAUUAGACAGAAAAUGUGCUAAUGUAUCAUAUAUGUAAGACCUUCAUGGUUUCUAAUCAAGUUUUCAUACAUUUCAGACAGAAAAUGGUGGAUUUAUACUACACCCUAAAUGAAUACUUUCAUUUAAUUCUUGCAUCUAUACAACCGAUUGAUCCUGAGAAUAUCUAUGUCAGACAUUUCUUUGCUUUGUCCAACUGCCACAGAGGAAUCUGGGAUGGGGGUAAUGGUGUCUCCAAAUCCCGUUGAGAAAACAGUCCUGGAAAUAAUAAAAAUAAAAAAUAAACUAAUAAAGUUACAUUACACACAA